CCGGACGGCCCGUUUUGAGGAGACGGUUCUGUCGAAGCCUCGCUUCCAGCUGGACCUCUGGCUCGGCUUCACCAUCCACAGCUGGACCCUGGAUGUGGGCUGGCCCGUUGUCAUGCUCGUCCUCCCAACAGAUGGGUUCCCUCUGAACCGUCCUGGAGCUGCAGAAUAUCUUCAGAUAGUGUUUAACAUCAGCAACACACUGCUGCUGCUCAAAGUGCUUGAACGCAGCCCCAGAACGUUUCCUCGCGCCGCUGUCCACCUCGGCAUCAUUGCCGUCGUCAUGGGAACCAGCCUCCACCUGGUGGCCGACUCCGUCACGCGGCGGCUGCUUCUGAUUGGCUACCAGCUGCACCUGUCGGUCCGAGAGAAUCCAGUCAUGAGGAGCCUCGAGCCGUCCUCAUUGAUCGACGUCUUUGAGCUUCUGAGUUACUAUGACGACACUCUCGGUCAUGUGAUGCGGUGUGUCCCUCUCUUCCUCGUCCUCUUCCUCUUCUUCACGGGUUGUUUCCGUCUCAGGACUCAGGAGGACAGGAUGCCGGCGGCGGCGUGGAUGCUGCUCGUCCCCAGCGCUGCGUACCACUGGUCAGCCUGCUUUAUGUCUACACCCAUCACACAGAGGGUCGCAGCGACAUUGUAA